AUGCAUGAGAUGAUUAUGAAGACAAGCAAGGAUACGAACCAACUGUACCACCAGUGGUGGGCUGACCGGCUGCUUCGCCUCGCGAAGGGUGCAGAGGUAGAGAAAACAAAGCAGUCUAUAGGCACUGUCUGGAAGCACCUCCCUUACGCGCUGAAGAAGGCUAUCGAUGAGGAGCAUGACAACUGGGAGUUUACCUCAGCCAUCAAGGCAGUAAAGUGGAGUGUCCUCAAGGUUGAAGCAGAGCACGAAGUGGGCAAAACCACUCCAUUGGUGGUUCCAGAGACCCCGAGAACUAAGCUGGCCAACAACUUUGCAACCGCACGCAUCAGUACCUCCCCGUUGCCAUCCCCAGUCUUCACUACCCUGGAUGAAGGGAGGAAGGCAGUCCUGCGACGUGGCGUCGCAGCGAAGAUACAACACCCGAAUACACCAGACAGGGUGGCAGCUUGGAAAGCGGAACUGCUGGAGUGGGCCUCCAGGCAUGGCGUGGAUGGUGUGUUGUCGGAGGUCACCAUUGUGCCCCUGAAGCGGUCUGCUCCGGAGAGUGUUUUCGAUGCGGAGGUAACCGACAUGGGUUUGAGGUUCAGUGCCCCAGGCCAGGUGCCAUACCGCCAGUAG